UGGGAUCUCAGAGAGGCGGUGCUCUCUCGGGCUCCCUAUGAAUGACUGCCAUUCUGAAGGACGGUGUUCUUAUCUGACUGCUCACCUCUUAUUUUCUCAGUGAUCCAGGCAUCUGAUGUUGGGGUGCUAACAGUAGUGUGGUUAACUGUCAUAGUUGAAGGCAGGGGGUCUAGCCCAUGUCUUUGCUCCAUCCUUCAUAACAAGGCUUUAGCAUAACUUCAUAACCACACCCCUUGGUAAAGAGGAAAAGUCAGAUUCAAGCUGGAAGCAGGGUACUGGGUCUGAGGAACGUGUCCACGAAGCCUACAGACCGCAUGUUCAGGGUGAGAGGGCACCAGAUGAAGGGGUGCCUGACACAUUAACUGUCCCCCUAGGGGAGAUGCACAAAGACUUCAAGACAUUGAAGGAAGAGGUUCAGCGAGAGACUCACCAAGUGGAGAAGUUGAGUCCAGUGGGGCGAAGCUCCCUCCUCACUUCCCUCAGCCAUCUCCUAGGAAAGAAGAAGGAGCUCCAGGACCUGGAGCUGAAGCUUGCAGGGGCUCUAGACAAGGGACACAAAGUGACCCUGGAAGCACUCCCCAAAGAUGUCCUUCUGUCAAGGGACACUAUGGACGCCAUCCUCUACUUCCUUGGGGCUCUGACAGUGCUAAGUGAAGCCCAACAGAAGCUUCUAGCAAAAUCUGUGGAGAAAAAAAUCCUACCAGUGCAACUGAAGCUGGUUGAAAGCACCCUGCAGCAGAACUUCCUGCAAGAUAAAGAGGGUGUUUUCCCCCUGCGACCUGAUCUGCUCUCCUCUCUCGGGGAGGAGGAAUUGACCCUAACAGAAGCUCUGGUGGGGCUGAGCGGCCUGGAAGUCCAGAGAUCAGGCCCCCAGUACACGUGGGAUCCCAACACUCUCCCGGACCUCUGUGCCCUCUACGCUGGUCUCUCCCUCCUUCAACUGCUAAGCAAAGGUUCCUAAUGCACCUUCUCCCUGCCUCCCUAAUGCCUUCCCAGCCUUACUGCGCUCUAUCUGUAACACUCCAAGGCACUAGACAGCCUCCAGCCUGAGGAAAACUGAAAUGCCAGGUCGUCCACCAAGUUCCUCCUGCCUCACCAUCUUCUCCUUCUGUCCUCCAGCUCAACACCCACUGAGCCCAUCUCCUGAUGCUUAAAUCCUGAAGAUACAGAAGCAUUCAAAACCUUACAUCUUUGAGUCACUUCAUUAAGGGGAGGCGGGGGAGGCCUGGAGUGGUGAUGGUAGUGGCACAGGCCUUUAAUUCCAGCACUAGUGAGACAGAGGCAGGUGAAUCUGUUAAGUUCGAGGGCAGUUUGGUCUAUAGAAUGAGUUCCAGAACAUCCAGGCUACACAAAACAACUCUGUCUUGAAAACAACAACGACAACAACAAAACUACAUUUAUUUCCUAGUCCAAUCCUUCCCAUGUAUGCCUCCAAAAAAUAAUAAUAAUAAUACUGGCCUCACAAGGAAAACAUUGUGUCAAUCGUAGGACAAGCUGUCUUCUGGUUUGUCUGUAAAGUGAAUUGGUCAUUUAUCCCAGGUAAAGGAACAGACAGUAUCCACAUGUACACGUUACUGCUCACGCCUUUCCUCAGGCACGAUGGGAAAGGCUCCAAGAACUCAGAGGAGUUAGAAUUCAGAACGUCUACUUUACAUUGUGAAGAUCAUUCAUGCUGUGUGACUUCACCAAAGAGCCCAUGUUCUCCAGCCCUGGCUGAGGGGUUGGGAGAAGGAGAGAAAGGUGUAGCAGACUAUGAUACAAGCACAAAGCAAAACAAUAAAAUUUCAAGUUGGUUAAGUAGAAAAUGAAGGUGAGAUCCUAUCUCAAAAAAAAAAAAUUAAAUUAGAGGAAGAGGGAGGAGAGGCACCCAAGAAUAAGACCUAAACGUUUUAAUCAGGGUCACGGUUGGGAGGUCAAAGGACUCACGGGAGCUGCAUAUCAGAUAUCCUUCAUAUCAUACAUUUACAUCACAACUCAUAACAGGAGCAGAAUUGCAGCUAUGAGGGAGCAAUGAAAAUAAUUCAGUGGUUGGGGUCAGCACAGCACGAGGAAGUGGAUUAAGGGGUCGCAGCAGUGUCAGGAAGGUUGAGAACCACUGCUGCUGCUUUAGUUUGGUUUUCAAUCCUCAGCUCAGGGUGGGCGUGGAGGCAGUAGCAUGGACAGGCUCGGCCUGUGUAUUAUGAUCUCA